GACGAGACAGGCGGAGCGCGACUGGGAGAGAGGGGGACGCGCUCCGCGCCCGGCGCUCUUCACACUCUCCCUCCCCAGCCACCUGCGGCUCGCUGCGUUGGAAAGCAGGCGCACCCAGGCCAGCGGGAGUCGCGGAUCCCCGCUCCGCGAGGCGCACCUGCACCGGGGACACCUGGGCCGGGAGGCUGCGCUCCUGGAGUCCCUCAGGGAGGGAAGCAGGCGCGUAUGCUUCCCCGCGGCUGCCUCCAGGGGAGAUGUGCCCCAGCCCAGAGGUCAGGGGAACUGGGCACAAAACACCAUGCUAUCCAUUUUAUAUUGCUGUUCAGUCGACAAGGGAAAUUAAGAUUGCAGAAGUGGUAUACCACACUACCUGAUAAGGAGAGAAAAAAGAUCAUCCGAGAAAUUGUACAAAUGAUUCUGUCUCGUGGUCAAAGGACAAGCAGUUUUGUUGACUGGAAGGAUCUAAAACUUGUUUAUAAAAGAUAUGCUAGCUUAUAUUUUUGCUGUGCAGUAGAAAAUCAAGACAAUGAACUGUUGACACUAGAGAUUGUACAUCGUUAUGUGGAAUUACUAGACAAGUAUUUUGGAAAUGUCUGUGAGCUGGAUAUUAUAUUUAAUUUUGAAAAGGCAUAUUUUAUCCUUGAUGAGUUUAUCAUGGGUGGAGAAAUCCAAGAAACCUCAAAGAAGUCAGCUGUCAAGGCUAUUGAAGACUCUGAUAUGUUACAGGAGACAAUGGAAGAAUACAUGAGCAAACCUGCAUUUUAGCUGAAAAAUCUACUUGACAACCCACUGAUGCUGCACGGCAUAAAUCUGCAAAACUUCAACUGGAUGUGGUUCUUUUCUGUGCCAGAGUCUCAUGCCAAAUAACUUAAAUGGAUGGUGUGCAAAACUUCUUGGAUACCUAAAGACUUAAAAUCUGUAGUAUGUUUGUAACGGAUGCAUAUCUAUAUUGUUGUCUGUGCAUGGAUUCUUUUGACUAGCAUUUAAAACCACCAUCAUUCAGUAGACUUCAUAUUUGUUUGUACAUUGAUUUUUACCAGUAAAGAAAUAAUUUUAAAAUAUUUUUGAGAAAUGACCUAUGCUAUAUUUUUGCUAGCAUUCACAAAGAACAAGUCAGCAACUAUUUUGUACAAAAAUAUUACAAAUGUACUGCUUACCUUGGACUAAAAUAAUACUUUUUUCUAACUACA